GUAGUUUGGACCAACCGCCGGAGGAUGGGUUGCCUUACCAUAACUAUAUAACUCAUGAGAAUGACCCCUUCAAGAGAGGCGAUUCCGAGUCACACACACUGGUUCAUUUACGAUUUCUCCACCAUUUGCAUAAUAAACAGCAUUUAUUUCUGAAAGCAAUUAAUUUGUUAAAGCCCACAGACAGCAUGGAGACUAAAAGGAAAAGACUCCUCGCAACAACCCUCGACCGUCUUGCUGAGAAGACUCCUGACAAACUGUUCGCGGUGAUUCCGCAAGGAUCAGAGCUGACCAGUGGCUUCCGUGAUCUAUCGAUGAAGGAUCUGGCACAAGCAGUGAACCUCAUGAGUUGGUGGAUUGAGAACACUAUUGGGCCGGCACAAUCCCGGGAGACGCUGGCUUAUAUGGGAAGCAACGAUGUGCGCUAUUUCAUUUUCAUGCUAGCAUGCCAGAAAACUGGGUAUCAGGCUCUCUUCACUUCUACCAGAAAUUCGGAUGAAGCCCAUCUUCAUCUCUUACAAGCAACAAGUUGCAACAAGUUCUUCUUCAGCGAGGAACGAGAAACACGAACAUUGGAAAUAAAAGGACUUUUGCCUUCCUUGGAAGUCUUCCGGGUUCCGACUUUGAAGGAAAUUCUCAGCAAUGAGGGUGGACAACGCUCGUAUGCGUACACCAAAUCUUAUGCUGAUGCAGAAAACGAGACAUUGUGCAUCAUCCAUAGUUCCGGAACCACAGGCAUGCCGAAACCAGUUAAUCUUACAAACGGUUUCUGGAUGUGCAUCGAUAAUCUUGCUCAGCUUGCAUGGCCGGCUGGUCGCCAGCCAGCUGCAUUCAUCACUCUGAGCUCACAAGACCUGCUACUAUCCACGACACCUUUCUUCCAUGGGAUGGGACUACUCUCCUUUGUCUUGUCAAUUUGGUUCGGGAUCCCUGUCCUGUAUGGCCCUGACAAGCCCCUAUCGGUGGAACACUUGGUAGGACUUCUACAGACAACCCGUCCCACAGCUGCGGUCUUUCCACCCUCGAUCCUGGAAGACCUGAGUCAUUCCAGUGAUGCAUUGAACUGUCUCAAAGGACUUAGGACAGUGAAUUUUGGAGGUGCGCCUCUCGCACCAGAGACGGGAGAGCGGCUGCGCCAAUAUACUCAGAUCGUACCUCUUCUUGGUGCUAGUGAGAUUGGCGUGGUGCCAUCUUUAGUGCCGGAGGACGAAGCCAACUGGGGUUAUUUUGAAUGGAAUGAAGCAUACGGGCUGGAUAUGCAGGAUUUUGGCGACGGUCUGUACGAGAUGGUCAUUCCUCGACAGCAGAAUUCCCGCGAGUUUCAAGGUGUCUUCCAUAUUUACCCCGAAAUCAAAGUGUACCGAACCAACGAUCUGUAUAUUCAACAUCCGACAAACCCGCGUUUAUGGAAAUUCUACGGGCGAAAGGAUGAUGUUAUUGUCCUCAGCAACGGCGAGAAAUUCAAUCCUGUCGGAAUGGAGACAAUCAUCGCAGGACAUCCCCUGGUUCGAGGGGCACUGGUAGUCGGCGAGUCCCGAUUUCAAGCUGGGCUGCUCGUGGAACCAAAGCAGGGCGUCCCAGAAAUGGACGACAAUAUCUUCAUUGAGGAAAUCUGGCCGACUGUCCAAGAGGCAAAUCAGUCUAUUGCUGCCCAUGGUCGGAUCGUGAAGAGCAAUAUCAGACUCGCCUCAAAGACCAAACCAUUCAAACGAACUCCGAAAGGCACUAUUCAGCGUAGAGCUGUUCUUCGAGAUUAUGAGAAAGAGAUUGAUGCACUCUAUGCUACAGAACUGGAAGAUGACUUGGACCAUCAUGUUCCCGAGACCUUGGACCCAGAAACCAUUACAGAGUAUAUACGCCAGACCGUAAUCCGUGUCUUGGGAAAGUCUGAAGUUCUGAUCAAUCAAGACCUCUAUAGUACUGGCCUUGAUUCUUUAAUGACUAUUCAGAUCUCUCGAACGCUGCAAAAGGGCAUACAGCUUCGUCGGCCGGAAAUAAAACCGGGGGCGAUCACUGCUCAGACAAUUUACGCUAACCCGACAAUAGAGCAGUUGGCUUGGGUUCUCGUUAAUAUCUUAGAGGGAAAAGUUCAGGAUGGUAUACCGCGGGAAGACAAGAUCAAGAUGUUAGUCGAAAAGUAUACGUCCGAUAUCCCGGUCAAGGAGGAAGCCCUCCCUGAUAAUGGAUUAGAUUUACCCUCAACUGUGAUUUUGACUGGUUCGACUGGUUCGCUGGGAACCUAUCUGCUCUAUACCCUGUUGAACAGCGAUUCAGUUUCCAAAAUUUACUGUCUCAAUCGUUCAGACGCCGAGCUUCGACAGAAGAAAGGCUUUGAAGGAAAGGGCCUGUACGCGGAUGCGAGUAACUUGAAGGGUAAAGUAGAGUUCCUUCAAGCCUCAUUCGGAGAACCACGAUUUGGUCUCAGCGAGGAAAAAUACAGGGAGCUCCUUGACUCCGUCGAUACUAUUAUUCACAAUGCAUGGAAAGUCGACUUCAAUCAUUCCGUUGAUUCCUUCGAAGACACUCACAUUCGUGGUGUGCGCCACUUUGUUGAUUUUAGUUUGAGCAGUCGCCAGAGAACCCAUAUUCACUUUGUUUCUUCUAUCAGUACAGUGGGCGGUUGGACCCCAGAUCUUGGACCGUUGGUUCCAGAACAACCGAUGGGCAGCUCGGUGGUUCUCCCACAAGGCUAUGCUGAGUCAAAAUAUAUUGCGGAGUGCAUCUGUCUGGAGGCAUCGCGAAGAUCUCGCGUCCCUACGACUAUCUACCGCGUAGGACAAAUCGCGGGCCCGACUACUGCCAGCGGACAAUGGAAUCCGCACGAAUGGCUGCCAACAAUUAUUGUGACCUCGAAAGCAAUGGGGAAAAUCCCUAAUCAACUGGGCUCGAUGGAGGUUGAUUGGGUGCCUGUGGACACGCUCUCCUCAAUUAUGAUGGAUAUAAUCUCCAUGCGCCACGUAAAUCAGUCAGAUACUCCCUGGGCCGUGUUUCAUCUGGUGAAUCCGGAACGAACACCAUGGUCAACACUGAUCCCGGCCAUCCAGGACAAGUAUACUGUCCAGCCGGUCGAGUCUUCAGCGUGGCUUACUGAACUUGAAAGUAUCAAAAGCCCAAGCAACAUGGAUAUCGCUGAAAAACCUGCUCUCAAACUGCUGAGUUUCUAUCAAGGGCUGCUGGACGAGGGAAGCAAGCUCUCAGUGCCGCUGGAUGUCCAGCGAGCCAAAGAAGCAAGUGAAACCAUGAGAUCGCUGGGGCCAGUCUCCGCGUCAUUGAUGCGAAACUGGUUGCAGCAGUGGCAGUUUUGACUGGUAUAUCGAAAUGGGAUUUGCAGCAGUCAAUUUAUCUCGUAACAACUUCGGUUAGAUACUUGUAGAAACCACUGGUAUUUUCGAAAUUAUUGUCGUCUCAUUGCUUAUAAGAAAAAUCAGCCAUACCACGCGUUGAUUAUCAAGUUUGAUAAACGGUAGUUAUGUAUGCUAGGCAGUUUCAGAUACUUACGCAAGCAGUAAGGAACAAUAUGGAACUUCUCGAUCGCUAGUAACAAAUAAUGUAAAAAGUUCUAGAAAUCACUCUUGGGUCUAAAUAGACUCCUAUAGCUACUAGAGCCAGCAAAGAAAAAAGCAACAUAUUAAUGUAUCGAUCCAGAGUUAUGAAGUGUUU